AUGAAAGGCUUAACACGCAGGACCGAAUACGAAGGUACAUGGAUAAUCCAGAUGCUAGAUUCCCUUUAUGCGAGAUGGGUGCUUCUUCACCAUUAUACACAAAAAUCUGAAACAAGCGUUGAGCCUGAAUUGGUUUCAGUUGGUAAAGCAGCAGAGCUCAUUCGGGAUGGCCAUAAGUAUUUGGAUGUUAGGACUUGUGAUGAAUUCAUUGCUGGACAUGUUUCAGGGUCUAUGAAUGUUCCUUAUAUGUUCAGGAGUUGGACAGGAAUGUCAAAAAACCCUAAGUUUGUAGAGGAGGUAUCAUCACAGUUUGAGAAGAAGGAUAAAAUCGUCAUUGUAUGUCCUUUUUCUCGAAGGAAUCCUAUUUACAGUACUCAAACAAAUUCCAACAUUCCUAAUUUCAGUAUGAUUAUUAUUCAGGGUUGUCAAAGUGGGAGACGUUCAAAUAUGGCUGCAGCUGAUCUUUUAUCUGCUGGUUUUACCUCCAUCACUGAUAUGGCUGGUGGCUAUUCUGAGUGGAUCAAAUGUGAUCUUCCUACAGAGAAAUGA